AUGGUAUCGGAAGGCGCGCAACAGCAUGCCGACGUGGUGAACGGUCUCCUCUACGCGAUCCUCACCGAGUCGCACAAAACCGGACCGCCUCCGUCGGCGUCGUCCCACACGGUUCCGGCCGCAGCGGUGCGACUGUUCGGAAUCCUGUGCUCCGUGACGCGCGAUCAUCAUGCGUCGCUACUAGCGACGCUUCAGCGAUUAGCGAGCGACACGUGGGGUAAGCUCCAGGACCACGUGCGCUCACAAGUCAUUUGGAUCCUCCGACAGUUGGUUCAGCAAGCCGUUCAGGAAGCAGAAACGCUCUUUCUCUGCCUCUUCCGGCAGGUCUCUGGUGGCGAUCUUAGCGUGGGAAACGUGUGGCUAGCUCGGCAGUUACUCGACGUCCUCCGUACCAACACGCAGUGGCUUUACACUCUCCCGAAUCUUCUCGCCCUCUCGUUAUACACGUUCCUUAGGCUCCUACCUGACCAUGCGGUUAGUAAGGCGCCGACCGUAGUAGAGCUGAAGCAGCAGGAGGUCGCGUUUUGCACGCAGCUGAUUAGGGAGCGGUUUCAGGACUGCCUGGUGAUUGGUCGCGACUUAGUGCGUCUGCUGCAGGAUGUAGCGCUGAUUCCGGAUUUCGAGCCAAUUUGGAGGGAUUUGGUUCAUAGACCGGAGACUAUGGGUGCGCCCGGGUUUUCCGAUUUAGCUCAGCUGUACGUCGUGCGGACGCCCACGCGUUUCAUCACGUCGCGAGUUACACCCGAAAUGGAGUCGCAGCUUCGUUUUCUUCUCGCACACGUGCGCAUGGGCCACCAGCGGCGCUACCAGACGUGGUUUGCCACCCGGUUUCUCGCCGCCCCGGAGAGUGAAUCCCUCGUGGCCGAUUUGAUUCGUUUCGUCUGCUGCUCGGUGCAUCCGACCAAUCAGGUGCUACAAUCCGACGUGGUGCCACGCUGGGCAAUCGUCGGUUGGCUGCUCAAAUGCUGCAGAAGCUGUCACAUGGAGGCAAAUGCCAAGCUGGCGCUCUUCUACGAUUGGCUCUUCUUCAUGCCCAAGACCGACAACAUCAUGAAUAUCGAACCCGCGAUGCUGUGCAUGGUCCAUUCCCUUCCCAAGUACGCCAUUAUGACCAACUCCCUCCUGGAAUUCCUCUUCCUCCUCCUAGACCACUACGACGCGGCGCAUAGAGACCUGAUUCUCCGCGGAAUCUCCGCAUCGAUCGACAUUCUUGUCGGCAAGGGAGUCGUGCCUAGUCUCGAGCCGCUAGCCACAAGCGGGUUCAUUCCGACGAAGCUUCGCGAGCGGCUCCAGACGCUUUUUCCCGCGCAUUGCCGGCUCGACGCCCCGUCUCCCCCGCAUUUGGCCGCGGAGAGGGACAGCAUGGGGAAUAUCGUUGGCGGCGGAGCGGGGAAAAGGGCGGUGGAGGAGCAGCGAGGGAAGGAAGGGCAGGUGGCGGAUAUGGGGGAAGUGGGCGCAGGCGUUAGCGGAAGCCGUCCAGUGGGUGGUUCUUCUGCCGCCGCCGCCGCCGCCGCCGCCAGGAGGGAGCCGAUUGACGCAAGCGGGUCCAUCGCUGGCGCAGGGGCUGGGGAAGAUGCGGAAAAGGGGGAGGCUAGCGCUGCAGGGGAAGACCAGGCUGGCGGAAAAGGCCCCGGCGGAGCGGAGAAACGAGGGGAGUCCGCGGAAGGCGCAGAGAUGGAAUUAGGGGAGCACGGCGGAGGGGAGGGUGAGGUGGCGGAGGGAGGGAGUGGUAAAGGAGACCGGAAGAGAAAGAGGGAGGAGAGGGAAGAGGGGGAGGAGGAAGCGGAGGAGGGAGGGGAUGUGGAGGCUGGGGAGGUGGAGGGAGGGGAUGUGGUUGAGGAGGAAGGGAAAGGAGAGCAGAGCGAGGAGUUAGAGGGCAUGGACGAGGAGAUGAAGGCUGUAGAGGGAAUAGUAAAGAGCAUGGAAGAAGCUGCGGCUGCAGGGGACGGGGCGAAGGUUAUCGAAGGGUUCAAGGCGUUCCUGGAGGCUUUAAGAGGCGAGUAUUCAGGGAUUGAAAGUGGCGGGCGGAAGCCGCAGCGGGAAGCUGAGGGGAAGGCGCCAGGGAAUGGGCACGGGGAAUUUAAGGGCGGGCAGGAGACGGAAAACGAGGGCAGGGGGGGAAUGGGGGGGGUGGGGGGGACGGGAAAGAGGGCGAGAGAGGGGCGGCAUGCGGUGAAAGGGGAGCAGCGGGAUGAGGAAGACGCGGGGUUGGACGAGGAACGAUCUGACAGGAGCGUCGACUCGGAUGAGGCUGCUACUGGGAAGGAUGCUUCUGGCAGUGGUGCGUCUGAGGACGGUACAUCUGGGAACGGUGUAUCUGCUGGUGCAGCUGCUGUAAAGGCGAAGCUUGGAACUCCAUACCCGUUUGAAGGCGCAGCGUUAUCAAGAUGGACCUCAACAGAAAAGCCAGCAGCGGAAUGUGUGGGGCAGCAGGGGAAGAAGGAAGGCUUAGGGAAUGGAAACAAGGGCGUGGUAGCAGAGGUGUUUUUUGGUCUGUAUGAGCGGCUGGUUGGGCUGUGCUGGGGGCGAGAUGAGGAAGGGAGCAAUGAGGAGGAGGAUGUGAGGGAAGAGGGGAGGGGUGAAGGGAGAGAUGGGGGAAGAGGUGAGGGAAGCGGUAUGGAGAAAGAUGGAGGGGGAGAUGGGGGGACUGGACGUAAGGGCGGAUUGAUGGGCAAGGAAAAGAAAGGAGGCAUUGGUGCAGGCAAGCAGGCUUCGUCGGCAGGUGCAGCAGGCUUAUCAGGAGGUCCAGGAGCAGCAGAAGGAAAAGGAGCAGCAUUGGAGGAAAAAGCAGAGGAAGGGGCGGGAGAGGACAAGUUGCCACCACCAAGGUGCAACGGCGUGUUGGCGAGUGAGGUUUCCGCAGGUGGGAGGAAUAAGCAUCAGCGACGGCAGCAGGUGUUUGUGUCGUUGGUUGGCGACAGUUGGUCCUGGGACGGGCAGGAGCAGCAGUGGCUGUGGCAGCUGGCAGCUGCUGAGGCUGUUGGUUGGGGCAACACGAGCGAAGGGCUUGUGGGAGUGGAGUCGGAGGAGUAUGUGGACAAUGAGCAGCGGCAAAAGAAGCAGCAGCAGGGGGGUGAAGAGCUGUCGAUUGCGUUGCUUCUUCUACAGGCUAGUGCUACUGCUGCUGCCAGCAGCAAUUCAUCUGCUGAUACCAGCAACAUUCCCACCAGCAAGUCUGCUGCCCCUCCUGCCAGCCACAACGCAUGGGAAGGGCCCAGUUGUGAGGCACUCGCAGAGGAGACAGCAAUCCGGCCGUUUUCUUCUGAUGACGGAGCAUUCUGGCAGCUACACGGCCGCGAAUUCUCCAUCCUGAGGCGCCGGCUUACCAAGUCGACCGCCGCCCAGGCAACCCCGUCGCCGUCCCCGGUACCCCCCAAGAAGAAGAAGAAACCGACACCGAGCCCGGUCAAGGAUAGCAGCGGUAACAAUAAGAACUCGGGAGGCGGCGGCGGGAGCAGUAAGAACAGCUCCAAGCCUCAAACGAAAAGCGGCGGCGGCAGCAGCGGCGGUAGCAAUGGCACGUCUCAACCGAAAAGCCAGCCGAAUUCCAAGAGCCCGCCCGAGGUCCAGGGAGGAUCGACAAAAAAGAGCCCGAAUAAGAGCCCUACCAAGAGCCCCGUUAAAAGCCCUAACCAGAGCCCCACUAAGAGCCCUAACAAGAGCCCCAACAAGAGCCCCGAUAAGAGCCCCAACAAGAGCCCCAAAAAGAGCCCCGACAAGAGCCCCAACAAGAGCCCCAACAAGAGUCCGAGCAAGCCCAAGUCCCCACCAAAGCCGGCGGAGACAAAUGUCACGAAGAGCCCAAAGAGUCCUAAGAAGCCCAAGUCGCCCAAGAGCCCGAAGCCACCGAAGCCCCCGACCCCACCUCCUGCCCCUCCUAAAAUUGAGUGCGAGGCGCACAAGAACGAGCAACUAGUCAUCAUGGAUGGAAAUCUCUUUUUCACCAAUAAGUUGGAUCAGUGCGAGGGGUCUUGUAUCGGGGACGCGAAUUGCCUCUACUACACCUUUUCGGGCCUGAGCUGCCAGCUGUUUACAGCGAACAUGACCAUCAAGCCAACCAAGAGGUGCUUCUCGAGAAAGUGCCAGUGGGCCAAGUGCAGGGACGCUGAAGAUGGUGAUUACGAGUGA